AUGCCUGAAGAUGGUGUUGGUUAUAGACAUUCCAUGAUUAGCACAAAUGUCCAGCAACAGAAAACCACACGGGUUCAGAUCAGGGGGGCCAUUGCUCCCAAUCACCCCCUUCCAGGUCUCACUGUCAUUGCCCAUGUGAGCAUUGAAGUCUCCCAGCAGGACGAGGGAGUCCCCAGAAGAAGCGCUCUCCAGCACCCCCUCCAGCGGCUCCAAAAAGGGUGGGUACUCUGUGCUUCCGUUUGGUGGAUCCGCAAAAACGACAGUCAGGACCUGUCCCCCCACCCGAAGGCAGAGAGAGGCUACCCUCUCAUCCACCAGGGUAAACCCCAAUUUACAGAUGAGAGGUGCCGCGCAAGUGUGGGCAUACUGAUUGCCGACAGCCUGGGGCAAUCAGUAUGCCAACACCUGCUCGGCACCUCUCACCAAGGGCAACUCCAGAGUGGAAAAGAGCCCAACCCCUCUCAAGAGGAUUGGUUCCAGAGCCCAAACUGUGCAACUAGCCAGCUUCUGCAGCCCAGGAUCAGACCCUCAAGGUCCCUGCCUCCAGCUGCCACCCAGUUCACACUACACCUGACUUCCAUGGCCCCUCCUACGGGUGGUGAGUCCAUGGGAGGGGGGCCCAUGUGGGUCUUCAGGCUGUGCCUGGCCAGGCCCCAUGGGCACAGGCCCGGCCACCAGGCGCUCGCCAACGAGCCCAACUCCCAGGCCCAGGGGUACGGUGAGGACUUUCCAAACAUGGGACCAGGUUUCUCCAACAACAGGACUGUGAUAGUUGUGGACAACCAUCCCUGCUAUGAAAUCUCUGAUUUCAGCUACAUCCUGACAAAAAGGCCAUCCAUAAUCUGUGUGCUGUUAUAUCUGUUCCUGUUUUUGUUGUCUUUAGUCACAGUGUGUGGAAACCUUCUUGUCAUGAUCUCCAUCAUGUACUUCACUCAGCUGCACUCUCCUACUAACUAUCUGAUCCUCUCUCUGGCUGUGGCCGACCUUCUUGUAGGGGUGCUGGUUUUUCCUCUCAGCAUGGCGUUUUCUCUCAGCUCCUGUCUCUAUCAGGAGGAUUUAUUUUGUAAAGUCCGCAACAGUUUAGAUGUGUCUCUCAGCACGUGCUCUAUUCUGAACCUCUGUUGUAUUUCCAUUGAUAGAUAUUAUGCAGUGUGUCAGCCCCUGACCUAUAAAGCUAAAAUCAACCAUCAUGUUGCUGUGGUCAUGAUCCUGAUCAGCUGGGGGGGUUCAGCUCUCAUCGGGAUCGGGGUCUUCUUUGCAGCACUUCACAGCACAUGUGUAGACAGCUGUUUUCUAGACUCGCUUAUGGUGAACACAGUUGGACCUGUCUUUUCAUUUUACCUCCCAGUGAUAAUAAUGCUCUGUAUCUACAUGAAGAUUUUCCUGGUGGCGCUGAAACAGGCUCACAGAAUCCAGAACAAAACAUGUCAGAGCACCAAGUCUGGAGCCACGGUCAGUAAGAGUGAGAGAAAGGCCAGCAAGACUUUAGCCAUAGUUUUAGGAGUUUUCCUCCUGUGUUGGACUCCUUUCUUCCUCUGCAUCACCUUUUCUCCUUUCAGCCAGAAUCCAGCUCCAGUUCCUGUGGUUGAAACUCUGACCUGGCUAGCUCUUGUCAACUCAAUGUUCAAUCCUUUCAUCUAUGCUUUCUUUUACAGCUGGUUCAGGUCGGCCUUUAUGAUGAUUGUUACUGGGAAAAUAUUUCAGGGUGAUUUAACAAACACCAAACUGCUGAGAUAG